AGAGAGAGAGAGAGAGAGUUGAGGUAUCACAACAUACAUGCUUCAGUUUUUGUUUCCUUAAUCUUUCUUCCCUUCACCAUUCCCUUGUGAACGACUCGGUACUUGACAGCGCAUGCCAUGGCCGACCCAGAAGAGAUGAAGACAUGGAAGACAGUGAGCCAGCUGACACAUCCAAACCUGAUUCCGGAGCGUCUGAAGGAGUCACUGGCGGCUGUUUGCGACACCCUCCUCCCUCAAGUCGACGUCUCUUCCGUCGGGGACGAAGGGCUCGUCGAGUUCUACGGCACCUCGGCGUCCAUGGUUGGCACUUCUGAGCACAUUGGAGGACUGCUCUCCGGGGGACUGAAGCACCCGGCGGCCGGGCUGCUCUACUUGGCCCUGUGGUUGCUGUCGACAUGGUACGGCACCUUCGCCAUGUGCGGAACCAGAAGCUUGUCGAAGCAGUUCCCCUACUUCCACAGGUUCGCCAAGGUGGAGAGGACGAAGCGCGAGCAGAUCCUCCUCUCAUGGUCGCUGGGCUCAUUCCCACUCUAUGCCAUGCUCUUCAGGUGCCUCAAGUAUCUUACCAUGCGCCUCUACUUCACUCAGCUCAACGAUGACCGCACCAACCCGGCAUGGAAAGCAAUGGGCUACUGUGGACCGGACCCUGACUUGGUUGACCAGAGUCAACAUUUGGGGACCCCACAACACCAGGAAAAAGACCCGGUCGACCAAGAAGACGACGUCUUCGGUCCGCUGCACUCGGCUCUCCUUCACAUGGAGAAGCCAAGAGAUGUCAUCACACGAAUGCUACACAAAGCUGGCUUCCCCGCCCCUGCCACCUUCCCUUCUUCCCCUCUCACCCUGUCCUGCGACGCCGCGGUCAUCGGCUCCGGCUCUGGCGGUAGCGUCGUCGCCGGCGUCCUCGCCAAGGCUGGCUACAAGGUCAUUGUUAUCGAGAAGGGGGACUACUAUCCCAGCAGCCGCCUCUCCCUUCUCGAAGGACCGGCCUUGGGCGCCAUGUACGAGGGUGGCGGCCUCGUCGCCACCGACGACGUCGGAGCCCUGCUCCUCGCCGGGUCCACCGUAGGCGGCGGAUCCACCGUCAACUGGUCGGCCUCCAUUCGCACCCCGGGGCAUGUCAGACGCGAGUGGUGCGACGAGCACGGCCUCGAGCUCUUCUCCAGUAAAGCCUACGAUGAAGCCCUCGACGUCGUGUGCGAGCGCAUGGGAGUCCAAUCCGACGUCAAAGAAGAAGGCUUCAACAAUAUGAUCCUGCGAAGAGGGUGCGAGAAGUUGGGAUAUCCGGUGGCCAACGUGCCAUGCAACGCCCCACCUGAUCACUACUGCGGGUGGUGCCACCUCGGUUGCAAGAACGGGAAGAAGCAGAGCACCAAAGAGACGUGGCUCGCGGACUUGGCAGACUCCGGGAACGGGUUCAUCCUCCCCUGCUGCAAGGCAGUGAGAAUCUUGUACCGCAAGGGAAGAGGAAUCGGCCGAAGCGUCGCCAACGGAGUCGUCGUCGCGUUCGGAAACGAAGAGUUCACCGUCGAGUCGAAGGUGACGGUGGUGGCAAGCGGCGCCCUCAACACGCCGAGUUUGCUAAAGCGGAGCGGCCUCAAGAACGUGCACAUCGGGAAGCACCUCCACAUCCACCCCGCCGUGAUGGCGUGGGGUUUCUUCCCGUCGACUAGGUGGCCAGAGGAAUGCCGGAAAAGCUACGAGGGCGGGAUACUAACCUCCAUGUGCCCGUUGUCGUCCUACUGCACAUUGCUGCAGACACCAGCUCUGCACCCCGGCAUGUUCGCGACGGUGACCCCGUGGCUAUCGGCCGCGGACUUCCGGGAGAGGAUGACGCGCUUCUCGCGCACUGCUCACAUAUUCGCACUUGUCAGAGACAAAGGGUCCGGCACGGCAGACUAUCCGGAGUCGGUGGUGUACCGCAUGGACGAGGAGGACGAGGAGAAGCUGAAGCGAUCAUUGGAGGCUGCGGUGAGGAUACUGGCGGCGGCGGGAGCAGAGGAGGUGGGGACGCAUCACGGCAAGGGAGAGAGGGUGAAGGUGGGAGGAAGAGGAGGAGGAGAAGGGGUGGAGGAGCUGGUGACGGAGGUGGUGAGGAGGGGGCUGAGGGACGGGAAGACGCCCAUCAGCACGGCGCACCAGAUGGGGAGCUGCAGGAUGGCAGCGGACGCGAAGGAGGGGGCGGUGAGCCCUCGAGGGGAGACGUGGGAGGUGGAGGGGCUGUACGUGGCGGAUACAAGCGUCUUCCCCACUGCGCUGGGGGUGAACCCCAUGGUCACAGUGCAGGCCAUCGCUUACUGCACUGCCCAAUCCAUACUGCAAGUGUUACAGGGCAGCAACAACAGCUCUUAUUAGCCUCUGCAGUAACACCACAACUACUAGUGCUGCAUUUGCAACAUUCCGCUCUAUAUAUAGUGUGUGAUUGUUGUUCUAUCAAUGUCAGUGUUUUGAUGAACUCCAUCAUAAUAAAUUUGAAUGUUCUAAAA